GGGGCACCAAAUUAAUGUCGCAAAGCCUUGCUAAACUCUCCACUUUCCCACUGAAAAACACAUCUUCUACUGACAGGGAGAGAGAGAGAGAAAGAGACAAACUUGGGUAUUGACAAUUGAGUCAGAGUUAGUAUGAUGGCAAAAUAUAACUGUGACAAUAGAUAACUCCAAACAAAAUUUAUGGUGCACAAUAUUCAAAUAUAACUCUCAACGCAAAAAGUCAGCUCUUUGUGUCAUCAUUUCAAACCAAUCCCACCAGUCUAUUUUGUCUGUCAGACAAUAAUAAUAAAAUUGCAUUUGUUGAACAAAAUCAAAAUUCAGUGAGCAGCUCCGAGUUGUAAAAAACACUUUCCCCUUUUUUCAUGUCGUGUACAAGAAUGGUCUUUUUUCUCUUCUACUACUAUCUUUGAUUUGAAAUCACUGGAUUUUGAUGUGAAACCAUUGCAGAAAAAGGAGCAAACUUUAUUGAGUUCAUUGAAAACCUUUGUUUGGGCAAGUGGCGUUUGCUCGCUUCAAUUGUAAGUCAUAAGGGAUUCAGCAGCUGCCUUUUUUUCGCAAAGAGAGGAGCUUUGGUUUGUGGGUUUGGAAUAAAGAAAGGAUUUUUCCUUAUUUAUGUCUACGAAUUGCGAGCUUUGGGAUCUAAAACCAUGAGAAACUUUGCUUCAACGACAAGUUGGUGGGAUUGGAAAUCCAUGAGAAUGUGGUCUUGGUGGGCUUGAUUACUUGCAAAUAGUGUGUUUGGAUCUUUGGUGAUUUGUGAGGGAGGUGAAAUUAAGGACUCAAUUCUGUGACUGAGCGUUCAUUGCUUCAUCAUCGCGUAUUCCUUGAUUCUAUUGAGCCGUGGAAGGGAUCAAUCUUGUGAUGAUUUGAGCUGGUAGUAUUGUUUGAUCCUUGAUGGUGAUCAUGAAUAUCCUGAAUUUGGCGUUCUUUGCUGGUUUCCUCUGUUUAUCCUUGAGCAUUGCAGCUCCUGCACACGGCUGUGAUCCAAAUGAUUUGUCGGCCUUGAAGGAGUUUGCCGGCCAACUGAUCAAUGGCUCGGUUAAAGUUUCUUGGUCUAAUGAUCAAAACUGUUGCAGAUGGGAAGGUGUUGUCUGUGAAGAUGGUAGGAGUAAGGCGGGGGCGCAUAGAGUGAUCAUGUUGCAGUUAUCUCAAAAAGGUCUGAAGGGCAAUAUCUCGGUGUCUUUGGGCAGAUUGGAUCGACUAAAAGUUCUCGAUCUCUCCCACAAUUCUCUUGAAGAUGGACUGCCCUUGGAGCUUUCCAACUUGCAGGGGCUUGAAGUUCUUGAUCUCAGCCACAACAUGCUGGUUGGGGCGCCGUUUGGGGCUAUUGCUGGAUUGAAAUCAGUUCAAUCAGUCAACCUGUCCAGCAAUUCGCUUUCGGGAAACCUCACUGACAUCGGAGUGUUCCCUAAUCUUGUUGCUCUUAACAUGAGUAGCAAUUUGUUCACAGGCCAGAUAAGCUCCAAAAUAUGCAACUUUUCCAAGAGCUCUCGAGUUGUGGACUUAUCGUCCAAUCACCUAACCGGAGGGCUCGAAGGCUUGACUGGCUGCAAGGCUCUCCAGCAGCUGCAUAUCUAUUCCAAUUCCCUUUCGGGUGACCUUCCCGACUCGUUAUACUCGUUAUCUUCCUUGCAGCAGCUUUCCAUCUCUUCAAAUAGCCUCUCUGGCCAGCUAAGCGUUGAAAUCAGUAAACUUUCCAAUCUCAAAUCCUUGUAUAUGUAUGGGAACCAGUUUUCUGGUUACCUUCCUGAUGUUUUUGGGAAUUUGACUGAUUUAGAACAGUUUGAUGCACAUUCAAACACAUUUUCUGGUCCAUUGCCUUCAACUCUGUCUACCUGCUCUAAGUUGCGGUUGCUUGAUCUUCGAAACAAUUCCUUUCAUGGUCCUAUAGUUCUUGAUUUCUCUCGAUUGUCCAAUCUUUGCACUCUCGAACUUGGUAGUAACCGAUUCUCUGGUCCUUUGCCGGAAUCACUAUCUAGUUGCCAGGAACUGAAGAUUCUGAGUCUAGCCAAGAAUAACUUGACUGGCCAGAUCCCUGAUAGUUAUGCCAAUCUUUCAUCCCUUGUAUCUCUUUCAUUGUCAAAUAACAGCCUCGUAAACAUAUUAGGAUCCUUAUCUGUGCUGAAGCAUUGCAAAAACCUUACCACACUUAUACUCACCAAAAACUUUCAUGGUGAAAAGAUCCCUCAAAAUGUGAGUGGGUUUGAGAGCUUGUUGGUUUUUGCUCUAGGAAACUGUGGCCUAGACGGCCGCAUUCCAAACUGGCUGUUGAAUUGCAGGAAGUUGCAGGUCCUCGACUUGUCUUGGAAUCAUUUAGAGGGCAGCAUCCCUUCGUGGAUCGGGGAAAUGGAGAAUCUGUUCUACUUGGACUUCUCGAACAAUUCACUAUCAGGAGAGAUUCCAAAGGGUCUGACGGAGCUCAAGAGUCUGAUAUCGGCUAAAAGUUACACGACGAGCCUCAACACUUCAACAGGUAUUCCACUCUUUGUGAAGAGGAAUCAGAGUGCCAGCGGUUUGCAGUAUAAUCAGGCUUCAAGUUUCCCUCCAUCCAUAUUGUUGAGUAACAAUCGUCUAAAUGGUACGAUUUGGCCUGAAAUCGGACGACUGAAGCAGCUUCACGUGUUGGAUCUGAGUAGGAAUAGUAUAAGUGGCACCAUCCCCAGCUCCAUUUCGGGUAUGGGGAACCUCGAGACGUUGGAUUUGUCGUACAAUGUUCUUCAAGGAUCAAUCCCUUCGUCGUUCAACCAGCUGACCUUCUUGUCAAAGUUCAGUGUUGCUUAUAAUCAUCUCGAGGGAGCAAUUCCAACAGGAGGGCAGUUUCUUAGCUUCCCAAGCUCGAGCUUCGAGGGUAACCCCGGACUUUGUGGGAAGCUGAUUUCUCCGUGUGCUGUCAACACUAUGGGGCUUCGGCAGCCUACUACUCCAUCUAAGGACAAUAGUGGGUUUGGGCGAAGCAGUAUUCUUGGAGUGACGAUCAGCAUCGGGGUUGGCAUUGCUAUACUCUUGGCGAUUCUUCUGAUCAGGAUAUCAAGAAGAGACGUUGGAGUGCCAAUUGAAGACGUGGAGGAGGAUAUGGGUCGAGCACCUAGGCUCUCUGAUGCGUUUGGGCCGCCUAAGCUGGUUAUCUUCAAGAAUGCUUACUGCAAGGAUCUUACUGUCGCAGACUUGUUGAAGUCAACAAACAAUUUCAGCCAAUCGAAUAUCGUUGGCUGUGGAGGAUUUGGUCUCGUGUACAAGGCUGACCUGCCUAACGGCUCGAGAGCUGCAAUCAAGAGGCUCUCCGGGGAUUGUGGACAGAUGGAACGUGAAUUCCAAGCUGAAGUUGAGGCUCUCUCUAGAGCACAGCAUAAGAACCUCGUGUCUCUUCAAGGGUAUUGCCGUUAUGGAAAUGACAGGCUGUUGAUCUACUCGUACAUGGAAAACGGGAGCCUCGACUAUUGGUUGCACGAAAGAGUAGACGGGAGCUCCUUCCUUACGUGGGAAACGAGACUGAGAGUCGCUCAAGGAGCCGCUCGUGGACUGGCUUAUCUACACAAAGAGCCAAAUAUAGUUCAUCGAGACAUCAAGACCAGCAACAUUCUCUUGGAUGAGAAGUUCGAGGCUCACUUGGCGGACUUUGGGCUCUCACGGCUGCUCCACCCGUACGACACUCAUGUGACGACGGAUUUGGUGGGGACCUUAGGUUAUAUUCCACCGGAGUAUAGCCAGACGCUGACUGCAACUUUCAGGGGCGACGUUUACAGUUUUGGGGUGGUUCUUCUGGAGCUGAUAACGGGGAGACGGCCCGUGGAAGUGUGUCGAGGCAAGAACUGCAGGAAUCUGGUGGGGUGGAUGUACCAGAUGAGAUCGGAAAAGAGGGAAUCGGAGCUAUUCGACUCGUGUCUACGAGAGAAAGACUGUGAAAAACAGUUGAUGGAGUUGCUUGAUAUAGCUUGUAAAUGUAUAGAGCAGGAUCCUAGAAAAAGACCCUCAAUUGAUGAAGUUGUUUCAUUGCUUGAAGCAAUUGAGAUAGGAAAAGCUUGAAUAUAAGUUUUUAUAUAGGUUUUUGUUUCUUUUUUUUCUUCCCUGUUUUUAACUUGAUGACUUGUGCUUCUCAUGGAUUUCAAGUGGAAAAUAUAGCUCUAUUGUUAUGA